AAGACUCAAGUAGAGAUCUUAACCUCUUUCCUAGUUCUAGACUACUAUUACUAAAAUUCAUUUAUUUCAUUUAAGCUUGUGGAAGCAAUUUUGUCAUUACAAUUUCAGUAAUGAUUAAAAUUUGAAUAUUUUAGAUUCAACACUAGGUUCUCUCUCUAUAUAUAUAAACAGUACUCAAAAAAAGUUUAUAGCAAGGAAAGAGCAUCUGUGUGAGUGAGUCUUUGCUCUUUACUUCAUUAUCUGACAUGAAUGUGAUGGAUUAUGAGCAAUUUGAUUACUCAUUUACCCCUCCCUACCUAAAUCAGCUGCAUGAGUGUACCUUAGAAAAUUCAUCGCCAUCCCAAACAGAACAUCUCUUAUCUCCAAAUACAAUCCUAGAUGAAAUAUUGUUUGAUAAUACCAUCCUAGAUGAAAUCUUUGAUCAAAAUUCCAUAGAAGGAUUGCUACAGCAACAUAAAAACCAUGAAUUCGAUAUCGUAAAUCAUGAAGAGACAAUAAUGGCUCCAGGGAAUGAAUUGUAUCAUGAGAAAGGCUGCGAAAAUAUGGUUGUUUCAAUGGAAACAGAUUCUUGUUGGAAGGAAGUUCAAGAAGAGUUAAUGGAAGAGACUAGUUUAGUUGAUCUUUUACUGACAGGAGCUGAAGCUGUUGAAGCUCAGAACUUUAAUCUUGCUUCUGACAUAAUUGAGAAACUAAACAAUGCUUCAUCUUUGGAAAACGGAGAUAAUAGUUUAUUGAAAAGGUUGGCUAUUUUCUUUACAAAGGGUUUGUAUUAUAAAACUACAAAUGCUCCUGAAUUCCAUUGGGAUCAUGUUUCUACACAGACAAAAAGUUUCUGUGUGUUUCAGAUACUUCAGGAACUUUCACCCUAUGUAAAAUUUGCUCAUUUCACAGCAAACCAAGCAAUUUUCGAAGCUACGGAAGGUGUUAACGAUGUUCAUGUCAUUGAUUUUGACAUCAUGGAAGGAAUCCAAUGGCCAUCGUUAAUGGUUGACCUUGCAAUGAGGAAGAACACUACUUCCCUUAGAGUAACAGCAAUCACAGGGGAUCAGCAAAGUGCAGCCUCAGUUCAACAAACAGGAAGACGGCUCAAAGAGUUCGCGGAUUCAAUCAAUUUUCCAUUUGUGUUCGAUCAGAUGAUGAUGGCAGGCGAAGAAGAUUUUCGAGGAAUUGAACUCGGUCAUACAGUUAUUGUCAAUUGUAUGAUACACCAGUGGAUGCCCAACAGGAGUUUCUCAUUGGUCAAAACUUUUGUUGAUGGUGUUAUCAAAUUAUCACCAAGGCUUGUUGUUUUAGUUGAAGAAGAAUUGUUUAAUUUUUCUAGACUCAAAUCUAUGUCCUUUGUGGAAUUCUUCUGUGAGGCUUUGCAUCACUAUAUUGCACUUUCUGAUUCACUUGUUAGUACUCUGUUGAGAAGUCAUAAGAUGGAGUUAAACCUUAUAGAGAAAGAGGUCUUGGGGGUUAGAAUCUUAGACAGUGUAAGACAGUUUCCUUGUGAAAGAGAAGAGAGGAUAUUGUGGGAAGAAAGGUUUUAUUCUUUGAAAGGGUAUAAACGUGUUGGUAUGAGUACAUGUAAUAUUUCACAGGCUAAGUUUUUGAUUAGCUUGUUUGGUAAAGGGUAUUGGGUGCAAUUUGAGAACAGUAAGUUGGCUUUGUGUUGGAAAUCAAGACCUUUGACUUCAGUUUCAAUCUGGGAACCAACAGCUUAUAUGAGUGAUAAGGGCAAAUAGAUUGAUUUUAGGUUUUUUUUUUGUUUGUCAAAUUUGUUUUCAAUUUUUUAAAUUGUUGAGAUGAUUUUAUGGGUUAUGGAUGGAUAAGUGGUGUGUUGUGGUUGUAGGUUUCUUCAUUCAUUUUGAUGAAUGGAAUGCAAUUAUGGGAUAUUUCAAUAUAAUUGUACAGAUAUUUCAAUGAUCUUUCUAUAGCUCGAUAUCAGCAACAUAUUCCUUUAAGCAUGUCAAUAUAUUGCUGAUAGAUAUUAUACAAGAUGUAAUCAUAAAUGAAAAUAGUCAAGUUUAACUGAAGUUCAAAUGUUUGUCAUUAAUUUGUUGGAGCUCCAUUUUGUAGUAGAAACCCCAUCAACAAUGAAAGACCACAUCGACAACAAUGGAGACAAGAAACUUGUGGUUCUUCGCCGAAGGAGGGAUAUGAAGUAUCUGUGUGGCUUGCUUGUUUAAUUUUGUAGUAUUCAUGUGAUUUCAUCCAAUGGGGGUGGAUUAAAUCUUCAUUCAAUCCCCCUAUUCCCCAUUUUUAAACACUUGUUAUUCAACAUAAUAGAGUACCAGACUUAUCGGCUAUUUGAAACCUAAGAUAA